AUGGAAGCCUACAGCCUCGACCACUACCCAUCAAGCCUCCUGCAGCUGCCAUACAACUCUCACAGCCGCCAUGCUCGAUCUGUAUCCAAGGCUUCAUCCAUCUACUCAACAGUCUCUUCAGCCUCCGCUGCCGCCUCUGCGGUAGACUCAAUAGCGGACUCGGUGUGCUCUCGCUUCACCACUCCUCCUCGCGCAAGCCCGCCCGUCCGCCAACAUGGCCCCCUUCUGCUUCCCAAGAUUCGCUCCCAGGAUCAGGAUAUCAGUCAGCCUCACAUGGCUCGCGCAUCGCACUCUCGCUCCAGCUCCAUCCGUUCAGCAAGAGCAAGGCUUGCCCAUCAACAGUCCACCCCGCCUCCCCCUGCUUCCAAGCCUUUCCGCACGAGCCACUCCCGGAGCUACACCAACCCAGAGACCGUCGCCAACAUGGCCUUUGCUCACAUCUCACCUUUUGCUACGCCUCCCCCGCAGACGCAGGAUGAGCCCACGGCUUUCCCUUCAUCGCUCCUUGCUUCGCCUGCAAGCUUCGCCCAUGACAGCCUGCCGCCGUCUCGCCGGACAAGUCUCAACCUUGACGCCGCCACCAUCGACAAGUAUGGCUAUCCCACUUAUCGUCAGAUGCCCUUUGUGCCUGCCACCACCACAGCCUCGCAGCAGUCGGACUACAUGUUCCCAUCCUACCUUCCUCGUGCUCCGUCACCCUUGAGCCUGGCCACCGCUGCUACUCCUGAGCCAGCGCCGUCCACCACUCUCAUGGAUCACCUAACAUGUCCCAACCCUGCUGCGUCUCUUGUCCGCACCAUCUCCUUUCCUCUUCGGGAUCCUUCAAUUAAGCACUUCUGGUGGGAUGUUCGCAGCGUCUCCUUAUGGUCAAGCUUCAAUGCCUCGGCCAUCCUGUCUCUCCCUGGCGCAUCUGCUCUGCUCAACUCUCCUGUGCCUGCUCCUCUGCUUCAGACACCCGCCUUCUCAUCUCGUCACCCCGAGACUGAGGCUGCCCUGCACAGCAUCUACGCCUCGUACUACCUCCCUAAGCUCAACUCUGCACUGGCCAUCUCUUCCAACCGCCCUCUGCAGCUUUCCGUCCCCGCAAAGACGGCAUCAGGUGUCAACGACCUCAUCUUCGUUGCCAACGCCAUGGGCGAGUCUUCCACCGCUGCUGCCAUCUUCGGCGGCAAGCCCACGGCAAGAGUGGUCGGCCUGGUCCGCAGCUUUGAUCGCUUCAACACCGGUAUGCGAGCCGAAGGUAACAUCAAGCGUGUUGACUACUUGCGAGGCCUUGCCGCCCUGCACUACGCGAUGCGCGAGCAUGGUUGCCGCUACGGCUUCAUCCUCACCGAGAUUGAGCUUGUCCUUGUCCGCGCAGGCACCGAGUCAACACCCUUCUUCGGCGACUUGGAAAUCACCUCCGUCCAGCUCAACGCCGCUGUUUCCGAUGCCGAGCUAGACUCGUCGGACAGCGUUCCCCUGACAGCCUGUCUCGCUCUCUGGGGUCUCUGCCAACUGGCCAGCGACCACACGCCCGCCGGCCACGCCCACUGGAAGGCCGAGAUUGGCGCUCCUGCCGACGGCACCCGGCGCAAAGCCAAGGCUCGCGACAACUGGAUUCCCAAGCCCCAGCUGGCCGAGAAGCGCGAGGCCAAGCGGAGUCGUGGCUGGGUGUGGCCUGAGGAUCCCGUCGGGAGGAAAGAGAUGGGCAAGAGGGGCGUCAAGUAUGGUGGCUUGUGA